UGUGCAUCCCCAGUCUAGUCCCCAAGUCGCCCACACACUUUUGGCCGCGUCGGAACAAAUUCCUCUCACAAUCCAGACACGACCACUUCUCUCGAGCUACCGAGUCCACGAACACGAAAAGCAAAACCUCCUUCAGACCACCCUCCCCUCAGAGAACCAGAUCCCACCCUCCCUGCAGUUUGCUUAACCCUUGUCCGACCUGCAUCCAACGCAAUUUCACCCAAUCGACGCCGCCCUCGCCCUGAGCUUUCUCGAACACGCCUCCAACUACUCUCUUCUGUCGCGGAGGGUGACAUGUUGUCAUAAUCUCGCCCUUGCCCCUGUGCUUUUUCGUCUCCUGCAUUCGACCCUUAUACCAUCGCAAGUUCUGGACCAUUGUUCACCCAUCAGUUUUAAGACGACCCUUCCGUGUUCAUUACCCUCUACCGAACGAACUACCUGAUACAUUGUACUUUAUAUGCGGCUGCCAUUCUUAAGAUCUCGGUCACAGACCUAGCACAGCCUGCCAACAUGCCCGGCAUCUUGCCGAUGAAGAUGAUUCGAGUGGGGAGCAGCACGCAGAGCAGGAUUGCGCAAGCUUGUGACAGGUGCCGCAGCAAGAAGAUCCGGUGCGACGGUGUAAGACCAUGCUGUACUCAAUGUGCCAACGUCGGCUUCGAGUGCAAGACCAGCGACAAGCUGAGUCGCAGGGCCUUCCCUAGAGGCUACACAGAGUCGUUGGAAGACCGCGUUCGAGGUCUUGAGGCGGAGGUUCGAGAGCUCAAGGAGCUGCUGGACGAGAAGGACGAGAAGAUCGAUAUGCUCUCUCGCAUUCACAGUUUUUCGCCUCCUUCUCGAAAAUGUUCGGCUUCCCUAUCGCCUUCACAUGCGGCGCAGGUAAAGGCUGAAGUUGAGUCAGCGAGGGAAGAAGUGCUGCAUGUUGAGAUUCCCGCACCGGUGCAGCCCAAGGCCACCUCGACUGGCUCCUCAACCACGCCGUCCUUUAUUGAGGCGUUUGAUCAGAAAGUCCAAGAAGCUGGUCGACAGACGACCGGUAUCUCCUCCUCAGGCCUACAGAAAGCUAUUCUACCCACUCGUCGAUCUACAGUUCCCGGCCCCAAAGUGCCCCCUAGGAUCCAUUCUGAUCAGUACAUAAAUCUAUUCUUCCAAGAGUGGCAACCAUUGUUGCCCAUCCUCCAUCGGCCAACAUUCCUUCGCGUCUAUGAACAGUAUCUCGCCAAUCCUGAAUCGGGUAACUGGCAGAGUAACAAGCAAGCAUACGCCCAACUAUUCCUGAUCUUUGAGAUUGCAGCUCUUUCCAACAUUUCCACCCCCAAGAAGAAUACUCCAUCUUACGAGACACAAUGGCGAAAGGCUCUCUAUUCGACAUCUUCUAAUGCUUCUCUACCGACGCUCCAAUGCCACGUGCUAGCUCAGAUCUGUUACAUGCUGCGUGCCGACUAUACCCAUCUAGCACGCCAUCGCGGCAUCGCAAUCACUAUGUGCCAUGAGCUCGAGCUCCAUCAAGGACACAAGUAUCAGAGCUUAUCACCUCUCGAGGCGGAGACGAGAAAGAAGGUAUUCUGGUGCCAAUAUGUUCUCGACAAGUUCAUAUCUGCCGCUACUGGUACUCCAGUACUUUUCCGAGAUACCGACAUAACCACGGAAUACCCAGCCGACGUCGACGACGAGAACCUCAGUACUCAAGGCUUCUCUCCUACACUUCCUGGCGAACUGACAAAGAUUUCAAGCGCCCUAGCCUUGUUCCGCGUUUCCAGAAUUCUCUCCAAAGCACUGGACACUUUGUAUCCCGCCAAAGCUAGCUAUCAACUAUCGUUGACCAAACUUCACGCGCUCUCUGACGAGCUUGAUCAAUGGUCAGAGGAACUGCCCGAGCACCUUCGAUUGCGAUUCUGCAAUGACAAGCCUGCGACAAAUUUGAUCGGCUGUAGAUCACCGCUUUUGUCCCUCGCCUACUUCUAUACAAGGAGUUUGAUUCACCGACCGCUGCUUUGCCACGCGUCUGGAAGCGCUUCCUCAGCUGCCGGUAUCGUUUUGGCGGCCGCAGGCAAGCACGUUCUGCAGAUUCUUGAUCUUCUUUUGGAGCGCCGCAUGAACUAUACCUUCCCACUGAACAAGGCCGACCUACUCCUGAACUCAGGACUGGCGAUACUCUGGCAAUCGCUCGAUUUGGAAGAUGACAGCAAGCUUGCCAAAGACAACCAGAAGUCGUUGACAAUGCUCGUGGGCAUACUACAUUCUGAGAAUGCGCCAGCUGCAGUGGAAUUCCAGAAAAUCGCCACCUGUUUCGUUGCACUGGAAGCGCGACCAGCUACGUCGCGAGGCGCAGAACAGACAUCUACUAGCGCCCAAACGGCGGCUUGUACCAUGCCAGCUCCUACCGAGUCCAAGUCAAAAUCAACUCGCAAGCAGCUGCAAGCCAUUGCCUCACGAUGGUCCUCAUUCAGCAACAAAGGAAAGCCUGAGGACCCCAACCGGCGUGCGACUGUACCGCAGACUGGAUCGACUUCCCUUAGCCCGGCUAAUCGAGCUGCUAGCACUGUCAGCCUGUCUUCCACUCGAUCAGCGCCGGUCAUGCCAGUGGCCACUUCCUCGCCCCGCCAAGUUACCUCUUCAGGGCCACUCGGCACCCCAACCAUCAACCUAGACUAUCUGCCGCUUGGCGAUGAGUUUGGAGACUCGCAGACCAGGACAUCCUCGAGCACGAUGCUACCUCCGAAGAAACAGCCAACGCCGACCAUUCCCGAUUCCGGAUGGGAAACCCUCCUGGACGGAUUCGACCCUAAUAACCCAGCGAUCUACCAGGACCUACAAGCCAGUAGUCAUUCGCUCUAUCAGGUUCCCAGUAACGAAUGGACUCCAGACGCGUGGCACCUCUCAGGUAUGGAUCUUGCAACAAAAGCACCCGUACCGCAAAGCCUACUCAGCUUUUCCGAGGAAUCAUUGACAAGCGGCGACGAUUUCCUGUUUAGCACUGCUGGGAGUCACAAUGGCUCAACGGUCACAGGCGACAGCCUAGAGCUCCCGGAGACAUAUCGAGGCAUCACUAUCCCGGUGGACGAUGAAUUUGAAUUUCACGAGGUGGAAGCUUGAGCUUGUGUUCGACCCAGUGUGGGUUGGCUGAUUGUGUGCAACGAUUGAAUUCUUGGAAAUGGGUGGGUCAUUAUUUCCGGGAGCGAGAGAUGUUUGAAAAAGUUGUACAGUGACGAGAAACGUUUGACGAUGGAUUACGGUAUAUACCCCGAUGCUGUUUGGACUUGAGGUAGGCUGAGGCCCGGAAUAUGCAGGAACUUGUGACGAUGAUACCAACAGUGAAAGAGGUGCAACGAAACGAGCGGGCGAGGAGCAAAAUUGAUACAUGCGGCAAGCAGUGGCAGACGUGUCAUAGACCUGUGUUUGACGACCCUAUAUGUGAGAGAAGGCCAAAGUGUGUUUAUAGUUAUACGCUUGAAAAUACAUAUUGCUUCCUCGA